GCGACGCGCACUUCGAACCUCGCUCGCUCGCUCGUCGUAUCCGCGCCUCGUAUAUCUUGUAUUCCGCGCGAUAACGUGCGGACCGUCGGUGUUACGUUUCGCGUUACGUUCGUUACUCUCUUCCGCGUCUGCCGUGUAUGCGUGACGUUUACGAGCGUGACGUCUCCUCGCGAUCUUUCGCACACGUCGUUCGUUGCGACCGCGACGUAAGCGAGACGUCAAGGUGUUGUGGAAUCUCCGCUCCCUCGGGUUGGUUAUUCGCUGCGAUACCAGAGAGAGAGUGCGUCAAAUGAUGCCUCACCCUUUUCGCUGUGCUGUGAGAAGGGUGGACUAAUCUUGCAAAAGCAGUGUCGAAAGGAUUGCCGUCAUCGAGGAAACGUCGCUCACGCUGUCUCCUGGUGAGAGGGGAUGAUGUGGACGGCCGCUGGACGGCCUUGGAGCAGAUGUCCGCAUUCCUCGGUGUCGUCUUGUGUCGAUUAUUGAUUCUCGUGGUCUAGCCUGUGAAGUGAAGAUUCGCGCUGCAGAGAGAGGGAGAGAGAGAGGGGGAAAGAGAAAACACGACGAUUUGGUGCACGAAGAGAUGCGCGACGCGGACAAGAGGUCCGAUUUUGUCGCGACGGAACUGCAGCUUCCUCGUGCGGUAGUGCAUCGUCGAUGCUGAAUCGCGUGCUUGGCACGUACGCGGUGGUGGUGGUUCUCGAGUGGACUCUUUCGCGCGGAUGACAGCUGGACGUUUUCGCCGCGGGGGUGACAGUGAGAUCCUCGAGCUCAUUGUCAGUUGAGCUGAGAAGAGACGAGUCUCUCGCGUCGCCGAGAGUUCGAGACACGCCGUCGGUGAUAUCCGACGAGGACUACUGCGCGAAUCGGGUGGUGAUCUGUAGUGAUGCCGUGAUGGGCUGCAGCUCGAGAUCGUUCUUCCUGACCACGCUCCUCCUCGUGGCUGGAUUAUUGUCGAUCGCCCUGUUCGCCGAGAUAUCUUGCGCGACACGCUUAAGACAGCGACCUACGGAUUCUCCGAGAGGAGGUUCCGUGAACGAGGCUGGUGUUUUUGCGCUACGAGGCAGGCAAGAGGGUAGCCGGCGUUCCAGGCGAACUACCACCAGCACGACGAGCACAACGACGACGUCCGGCUCGACAUUGAUACCUCUACCUGACGAAGUAGUGCAACCCGCGGCCCUUUUGGCCCCCGAAGAGGAGUCAUGGUCUACCAGUUCUUCCACCACAACCAACAUUGCUCUAUCUUCAGAUAUGGCCGACACGUCAUCCAAUCCGCCAUUGGAACUUGUAGUGAAGCCUCAUAGUAAAGUCAUCUUACCCUGCGAACUGGAAGGAAAUUACUCGAGAUUAUUACUGCCGGGAGCAAGAAGUUACAGAAUACGACCGGCGACGUGGCUACACGAAGGUAGUCCGGUGGAUAUGAUCACGAUAGACACGAGAACGGAAAUGAGCGGAACCGGGCACCGGUACAUCGGCGACUCGACAACCGCAGCACUGCACAUAGACAACGUCAGAUUAGAGGACGAUGGUGUGUGGGGCUGCACGCUGGAGGAUGACCGGGGGAAGAUUCUCUUCGGCAAACCGGUGAAGCUGGUCGUGCUCGAGGCACCUCGUGGGACGUAUCUGCUGAUAGAUGGCCGCCGGCUAGAUCCUGGAAACCAGUUUGUGCCGGUGAAGGAGGGCUCGGAGCUCACUCUCGAGUGCGCGGCUGAGGGUGGAAACCCACCGCCCAUCCUGGCGUGGGGCAUGACCUUGUCUCAAGCCACUUUAGACGGCCCAGAACAACCGCCAGACAACCUCACUGUAUUGCCCUCAACAUCCGGCAGACGCAGCGGAGCUCACCUAAAGGUCUUGAGGGGACAUCACAACGCCACUAUCGUUUGUGUCGCCCGCCACAUUACGCUGAUGAUACCAAUGAAUGCCAGCAUUCUGCUCGACGUCCAAUAUACUCCAUCGUUCGCGAUAACGCGUUUACCUGGUUUUGGAAUUCCGAUCGUCGAGGGGAUGUCUGUCAGCCUGAAAUGCGAGGUAGACAGCAAUCCAGCCAGUACUCCAAUUUGGCAGCGCGACAAUGGACCGCCCCCCGUGGAGCAGAGCGAUGACGGAUGGUUGAACUUCACAAAAAUCACUCGGGCCGAGAGCGGCUGGUACAAGUGUUAUACGCGGCAUAUGCUCGGCAUUUUCACCAGCAUCGGAUAUUUUCUCAAUGUUCGCUAUGAUCCAGAUAUGGAGACCGAAGCGGAAGCACUGAACGGUGAAGCGACUGAUUCUCGACGGAUGGAGGUGCAAAUCGGCGGUGCUGUGACCCUCGAAUGCGACGGCGGUUGUUGGGGCCACGGACCUGGAAUGGAUCCAGUAGGUGGACCCGGACCUCUCGCUUUGAGCCGAGUAGUAUACCAAGAAGCUGGGGAGUAUCGAUGCGUCGCGCCGGAUCGGAAAAUGCAGGACACGUGGCGAGCUCAGUUACCCUAUCACAUCAAAGUUACCGGACCACCCAUGGUUCAUCCACCGAGUCAAACGGUGACGGCGAACGAGGGCGAAUCCCUGGACAUCAUCGUCGAGUUUUGUGCUCGGCCGAGUUACACGAAGGUUCUCUGGAUAUCGGAGAAGCAUGUGUAUGUGCCGGACGCACCCUCCCGUGACGGAGUUCGAGCCCUCGCAAUCGAGGACGGCGGCACGGAGUCAUGUUACAGGACGACCCUGCGUUUCGAAACGAUUCAGUCGUCACAUACAGGAGAAUGGUUGCUACUGGUCCGUUCGUCAGAAGGGAUCGCCGACGCUUCCGUUCUAUUAAACGUGACACGCGCUUCCGGUUACAGUCAUGCCCACAUCCGAUCGGCGAGUAUUACGUACCUUCUACUUUGCCUGAUCCUACAGGCGAUCUUGCGGGAAUACCGUCGCUGAGGCGAUCGUCCGAUGGAGAUUUUGGCGGAAGAAACUUUGGCAAAAUUCCUAGCUAUAUGGAAAGCUCGUACGUUAGCUUCCCCAAUGACGAGAGGAAAAGGGAAGCUUCUCUGUACAUAAUAUCGAAAUUCUUUCUCCGAAAGAAUUUUCCCCGCGCGAUUCUCGCGUCAACGAGACGCACAAUUUGCCCGACGUGCCGCGACGCGACACUUGCGUCUCUGGCAUAGCACGAAUACAAUGAAACACUGGAUGGGAGUUCUGCUGACGCGCCUUCGGCGCGAAUUAUUACGGCCUUGGUGUUCCUCGGAUCUCGUAGCGGGUCCUCUUGUUCUACUCUAGGACGCGAAUCUGGAUAACGCGUUUACGAAUGUACGAUCACGCGAAAGCGCACGGACCGUUGCCAUCGUUAUGUAAAAUCUUAGGCAAGCUUGCGUCCGCUCGAACGAGUCCCCGUGCGAUUGAGACACGAUUAAAAUUCGAUUUCUCUGGCCUUAUAUAUGAGAAUAGCGGAGGGGCG